AGAUAUUGUCUCCUCUGAUUUCUUUAAUGAGCACGAGUGCUAAAGAUCAAGGGUUAAAUAAGUUGCUAUUCUGAGCUAAUGUAAUGAUUUACCUAUUAAAGUAGAACUUAGGAGGUCUGAAAUAUUAGUGGUAGUGUCCUCUUUAGCAGUGUUUAAGGCUGCUUCUAAAAAUUAGAUGCCUGCAACUACUUGAUCCUUGGAUCUGUUUUCUUUUUGCAGAAUAUGUAAAGCCUUUAAGUACUCCUAACAGUUCUUUGGCGUUGGCCUAUGGAGUGUGCCCCAGCUUAAGUAUAGUUUGCUGCAGAGAAGUGUGGUAUGGGCUGUCUGACCUCUGAAGCCCUGGGUUUAGGAAUGGUUACGUUUGCAUUCCUGUGGGUGCCUCUGAGAAAGCACCUCUGAGUCUGCAGUGUGCUGAGUGUUGUGCGUAGCAUGGAUCUGUGGGUCUCAUUUGCCCCCUCCAGCAGCCCACGUAGCCCCCAGAGGUCGUGACCCUCUGCAGAUGACUGAUGUGUAGGCUGGCAGCAGGCUGCAUCUUCUGCUUUGCCAGCAGUUCUGUGCCAUUCUGGGGGUACUGGAGCUUACAAAGUGAUGAGAAAAUAAAAUAUAUUUUCUUUGGAGGCAGUUGGGGUUUGGAAGAAGUUCUAAGAGGGAUAUACAAUUCAGUUAUCUGUAAGAGGUUGGACAAAGCACCUUUUCUUUCUUUCUAAAUCAGAAACAGCACAGAUUAGAAAGAAUGGGGAAUGUAGAUAAGAAGGUGUAUGUACUGGAGCGCUCUGUGUGCGGGAGCCUCUCUGGAGGUCUGAAAUGCCAGACCAAAAGCACUGUGCAGAAAUAUGAAUGCCAGUUGCAGUGUAAACGUGGAAUACAUUUACAAGGCUGCCAUUUGAUCUGUUCCUAGUACCUCUUUAUUUUCUCUGUUGUCUUGUCCCAGUUUGGUGAUUAUGGUUGUCACGUUAGCCCCUUAGAGGGAAAGAGCCCAUGUUGCAGAGUCAGUCACUAAUUGCAUACAAACACAACGACCUCUGGACAUUGAGGUUCAAUGUAUCUUUGCCUGUCUACAUCAAUCUGCAAGGGAGUGUCAGAAAGGCCCCGCAUUCGCCGAGCCGUGACACGACCCGCCAGCGAAUCAAGUUCAGUGAUGACAGAGUGUGCAAGAGUCACCUCCUCAACUGCUGCCCUCAUGAUGUCCUCUCUGGAACUAGAAUGGACCUUGGAGAAUGUCUGAAGGUGCAUGACCUGGCAUUAAGGGCAGACUAUGAAAUAGCAUCCAAAGAUCAAGAUUUCUUCUUUGAACUUGAUGCAAUGGACCACCUGCAGUCAUUUAUUGCGGACUGUGACAGGAGAACAGAAGUUGCUAAGAAGAGAUUAGCAGAAACCCAAGAAGAGAUCAGUGCUGAAGUUGCAGCUAAAGCUGAACGAGUUCAUGAAUUGAAUGAAGAAAUUGGGAAGCUACUGGCCAAAGUAGAACAGCUAGGAGCUGAUGGAAAUGUGGAAGAAUCUCAAAAAGUAAUGGAUGAAGUGGAGAAGGCCCGGGUAAAGAAGAGAGAAGCUGAAGAAGUGUACAGGAAUUCUAUGCCUGCCUCUAGCUUUCAACAGCAGAAGCUACGGGUUUGUGAAGUGUGUUCAGCUUAUCUUGGUCUUCAUGACAAUGACCGACGUCUUGCUGACCACUUUGGAGGAAAACUACACUUAGGAUUUAUUGAAAUAAGAGAGAAGCUUGAGGAACUCAGGAGGAUUGUGGCUGAUAAACAAGAGAAACGAAAUCAGGAGCGCCUGAAACGCAGAGAGGAGAGGGAAAGGGAAGAAAGGGAGAAACUAAGGAGGUCCAGAUCCCACAGCAAGCAUACCAAAAGAUCUAGGUCCCGAGAUCGUCGCAGACAUCGCUCUCGCUCAGCCUCCAGGGAACGGAAAAGAAGAACUCGCUCUAAAUCCCGCGAGAAGCGCCAUCGCCACAGGUCUCGCUCCAACAGCCGCAGCCGGAGCCGCAGCCAUCAUAGAAGCAGGCACAGCUCCAGGGAGAGGAGCCGAGAGCGCAGCUCCAAAAAGAGGUCCUCCAAAGAGAGAUCUUCCCGGGACAAAGAGCGCUCCAGAGACCGUGAUAGAACAUCGCGUGACAAAGAUCGAAGCCCGAGAGAGAGAUCGCCGCGGGAUUUCAAAGACAGGAAACGCUCUUACGAAAGUGCUAAUGGCCGAUCAGAAGACCCGAGGAGCUCAGAGGAGCGUGAAGCAGGGGAGAUAUAACUGGCUGUAUAUUCACCCAAUUUCUAGCUUCCUAUGGAGUUGCAUACUAUGGUUUAGUUUACAGUUGUUCAAAGGGACGCCAGUGAGCAGUUUGAGAUACUGAUCCAACUAGGGUAGAUGUACAGUAUAUAAAAGUGGUUAAAACUAAGUCAGAAUUAAACCCCAUUGAUUUAACUAUGCCUAAAGCUGGGUCCUGGACUUCCACCGAGUUGUAAAACUUUUCUGAAAGAUUCCUCCUUAUUCAGGACGACAGUUUUAUGUACAAAGAUGCAGAUCUCAAUGUUUUUAAUCUCCUUUCCAAUACAAGUUAAUGAACAAAUUACAUUGUACUACUUGCCUUGGGUGCUUCUGAACCUUUAUAAAUUCUCCAAUUCUGCUCCAGUCAGAACAGCAGCAUUGAAAGGUUGUACUUCUUGGGAUUUUUUUUUUUUGUUUGCUUUUUUUUGUAAGAGGGUGGGUGGAUGGAUAUUAACUUUUAUUCUGAAGUUAUGUUCCCAGUGAUAUUUUUGUUGUUGUUGUUGUUUGGGAACCUAGGAAUUGAUUACAGUGGGAGCGUUAGACAGGAAUGUGUGCUGGAGAAAGCUGAAAUGUCUUUUUACAGUGCCUAUUUAGACUUGGAAAUUGAACAGCUGUUGCAUUACAUCCUUUUUUAUUUCUACUUAAAUUUUGAAAUCAAAGCCAGUCCCGUAUCUGUACCAUUUGAUUGGUAUGUGUUCAAUAUAUUUGUUUUUUUCCAUAA